UUGGUAUUUAGCACACUAUUAAAGGGAAAAAAAAAAAAAACCCUAGACUGGAAUCGUAAAGAAAUAGAGAGAGAAUGGCGGAGCACUUAGCAUCCAUAUUCGGGACAGAGAAAGACAGGGUGAACUGUCCAUUUUACUUCAAGAUCGGAGCCUGCAGACAUGGUGAUCGAUGCUCAAGACUCCACACAAAGCCGACAAUCAGCCCAACCCUGUUGCUCUCCAACAUGUACCAGAGACCUGACAUGCUCACUCCUGGAGUGGAUCCUCAGGCUCAAUCGCAGUCCCUCGAUCCCCGGAAGAUUCAAGACCACUUUGAGGAUUUUUAUGAGGAUUUGUUUGAAGAACUCAGCAAGUAUGGUGAUAUUGAGAGCUUAAAUAUCUGUGAUAAUCUUGCAGACCACAUGGUGGGUAAUGUGUAUGUCCAGUUUAGAGAAGAAGAGCACGCUGCUAAUGCCCUUCGCAAUCUCAACGGAAGGUUUUAUGCAGGGCGACCCAUCAUUGUUGACUUUUCUCCUGUCACGGAUUUCCGCGAAGCUACAUGUAGGCAAUAUGAGGAAAAUGUUUGCAAUAGAGGUGGCUACUGCAACUUCAUGCAUCUUAAGAAGAUUAGCAGGGAAUUGAGGAGGCAGUUAUUUGGGAGGAACAGGCGAAGACGUAGCCGCAGUAGAAGCCAUAGUCCUGAUAGGCACCGUGGUUAUGAGGAGCGUCCACAUGGUGGCCGUGGUUUGAAUAGGAGAGAGGAUGACAGGGAGCAUCACAAUGAAAGGGGCAGGAGGCCUAGAAGCCGAAGUCCUGCACGCAGGGGAGGACGAAGUAGCCCUGGGGGGAGGAGAAACAGGAGUCCUGUCAGAGAGAGUAGUGCUGAAAGAAGGGCUAAGAUUGAAAAGUGGAACAGGGAAAAGGAACAGACAGAAUCUGGUGGUAGAGGUGAUAGCAGAAACCCUGAAAAUGACAGGGAUAACAGUGACUUCGCUGAGAAUGGUGGCCAUUAUGAUGAUGCCCAGCACUAGUAGGAGCUUGAUGGAUACUAGGGACCUACCUGGAAACGUCUGGUGGAGUACAGGUUCAGUGUCUUGUGUUAUGAAAGUAAAUUCAAUUUCUUGCCCCUAUCACCAUCUUAAAUUGAAAGGAAAGGAAACGGAAUGAACUAAAAAAAGAAACAACAAAGGCAUAGAAUAUAUUUAGAUCCUUCUAAGAUCUCUCCUUUUAUACUGGAGUUGAUUGUAUAUGCAUGUUGGUGCUUGUUAUUUCCACUGUUCAAAAUUUAUUUUAUCAAGUAAGAUACCUGAUUUUUGAUGUAGAUUUUAAGCUGAAGUACCCGCUUUGUGAGUGUUGUAUCAUAGUGGAACUGUUUCUGGAGUAAAUUCAAAACCUCAAAGGUUGAUAGGUACAUUGAUAGUUCAAUCUCUUUUAUACAAGAGGUUUAUUUUUAAAAAUAAUUAAAAUUGUUUUUCCUGCUUUAGCAAAACCUUCCAAACAAAAUAACCUGUUUUAAUUGACUGCUCUCUAAAACCACAGAGUAUUGUUUGCUCAGAGAUGUUUUGAAGGUCUAUACAACUAAUCCUUGUUAAAAAAAAAUCUGAGGCGGCAUUAUCUGAUCAAAUUAACUCAUUUUGCCUUAUAGUCAGGAUGGGUGAUCAAAUCUUACAGCAAUUUGGAAUUGUCUUUUGCCCUUAUAUGAUUAUUUCAUUUUCUUCUAAAAACCCUCAACUUACCUAGUUUACUAGUUUUGCAGGUUCAGGCUUUCCUGCUUCCCAGGAUCGGCCUCAAUCUCUUUUGGCAGCUUACAAUGAUAUUUGUAUACAGGUUGGGCUGUUGUUUACCUGCAGAGCGUUUUAGUGGAGUUCCAUUUUAAUGUUGUUGAAGCAUCAAGAAAGCUCUUGGAUCUUUGUACGAUGAGGAAAACUUUGACACUUCCAUACAAGGUGAAAUGGCUGUGAAUCAUUUGUCAUAUGUAGAUUCUUCAAAUGGAAUACAGAUUGAGUUCUUUGGGAUAUUGGUAAUCGUGCUUUUGUUUUUAUCAUGCACUACUGUCAAGUUCGUGGAUGAUUGUUUUGCCACUUCGUGUAGUGAUUGUGUUGUGAGCUUAUGAUCAAAAUAUUUAUUUUAUGCUUGUUGUUCA